AUGCAGUACACAAGUCAUUUCAAGGAUUUCCGAUAUUCUAGCGGCUUGAGGCUUGGUGCUGCUCUAGUUUUCGAGGCAGGAAGCCUACAACAAGGUCCCGUGUUGUUCUCUCGCGUUGUCUUCCGCAGGUCCGCGGAUGCCAUCGUGUUCGAGGAUUUGGACGGCCUAGCUUCUCCAGCACUGCGGAAACACGCCCGAGUCGAACCUGUUCCGAUUAGAAUACGUCUCGAUAGUAUCCGAGGAAAUGGCACGAGAUUAAGCGUACUCAUCUGUCCGUUCGCAUCAAAGAUCAUAAUCCUGGCUGGAGAUUCUGCCUUCACUUUUAAGGCGGUGGAUAAGGCGGUAACAAAUAGCGCGUAA